CUCAGUUUCCGAUCGUGCGUCGCGCGUGACGCACGUGCUUUGUGAUAUUUCUCAAUUAUUAUUUUCGUAUUAUUUUUAUUUUCUACUAAGUGGCUGUGAUAUAGUGAUCAUUGAAUUAUUUUUAUUUGUUUAGGUUGAAAGCGUACAGAAAUGUUCAUAGACGAGAAUGAGACACCUGAGUCAUGGUGGGUGUCGGCGGUGUUGAAGACGAUACGCGCUGUCGCGCUCGUCUUCGACAUCCUCACCUUCCCCGCGCACCUGAUCAUCCAGCGUCCAUGGAGGAAGCGAGCGCUCUCGCGCCGGAUUAAGGCCCGUAUAAUAGAAUCCACGGCGGACAGUGUGACGGUCCGCUCGGUGUCGGAGCCCUGCGAGCUACACGUGCGCCUGGUGCGCGACGGAGUGACGACGAUGGAGAGCAUGCUGCGGGCGGCGGCGGCGCGCUGGCAGGAGCGGCCCUGUCUCGGGACUCGCGCCGUGCUCAGCGAGGAGGACGAGCCCCAGCCUAAUGGACGCGUUUUCAAAAAGUACAAGAUGGGCUCGUACUCGUGGCGCUCGUUCGCCGCGGUGGCGGAGGAGGCGCGCCAGUUCGGCGCCGGGCUGCGCGCGCUGGGCUGCGCGCCGCGCGCCAACGUCGUCAUGUUCGCCGAGACGCGCGCCGAGUGGAUGCUGGCCGCGCACGGCUGCUUCACGCAGAGCAUCCCCGUUGUUACGAUCUACGCGACUCUCGGCGACGAAGCUAUCGCUCACGGCAUCAACGAAACCGAAGUCUCUACCGUCAUUACCACGCACGAUUUACUGCCAAAGUUCAAGAAGAUCCUCGCCAAGACGCCUCGCGUGGAGACUAUCAUCUUCAUGGAGGACCAGUUGAAGACCACGCCGCGAGACGGGUUCAAGGAAGGCAUCAAGAUCGUCGGCUACAAGGAGGUCUUGGAGUUGGGCAAAACGUCAAAAAUUGAGACAGUGGCGCCAGUGCCCACCGACACGGCGAUCAUCAUGUACACGUCGGGCUCCACGGGCGUGCCGAAGGGCGUGGUCCUGUCGCACCGCAACAUGGUGUCCACGCUGAAGGCCUUCGCAGACGCAAUGCCCAUCGUGCAGGGGGACAUGCUCAUGGGCUUCCUGCCUCUGGCCCACGUCUUCGAACUACUGGCUGAGAACCUCUGCAUCAUCGGAGGUGUCCCAAUUGGUUACUCGACCCCACUAACAAUGCUGGAUACAUCAAGCAAAAUCAUGAAAGGAACAAUGGGUGAUGCUACUAUACUCCGGCCGACUUGUAUCACAACUGUACCUUUGAUCAUGGACCGCAUCAGCAAGGGCAUCACGGACAAGGUGUCCCGCAGCGGGCCCAUGGCCAGCGCGUUCUUCAAGUGGGCCUACGCGUACAAGCAGGCCUGGCAACGACGCGGCUACGACACACCGCUGCUGGACUUCGUCGUGUUCAAGAAGGUGCGCGCGCUGCUGGGCGGGCGCGUGCGGCUGAUGAUCUCGGGCGGCGCGCCGCUGGCGCCCGACACGCACACGCAGGUGCGCCUGUGCCUGUGCUGCGACGUGGUGGCCGGCUACGGGCUCACCGAGACCACCUCCUGCGCCACCGUCAUGGACCCGCUCGACAGAUCGACGGGUCGCGUGGGUGCACCCACCACGAGCACGGACAUCAAGCUGGUCAACUGGGAGGAGGGCAACUAUCGCGUCGACAACAAACCCUUCCCACAGGGUGAGGUGGUGAUCGGCGGCGCCAGCGUGGCGGAGGGCUACUACAAGAACCCGCAGAAGACUCGCGAGGAGUUCCUGGACGUGGCCGGCGAGCGCUGGUUCCGCUCCGGCGACAUCGCCGAGCUGCACCACGACGGCUGCAUCAAGAUCAUCGACCGCAAGAAGGACCUCGUCAAGCUGCAGGCCGGCGAGUACGUGUCGCUGGGCAAGGUGGAGGCCGAGCUGAAGACGUGCCCCAUCGUGGAGAACAUCUGCGUGUACGGCGACAGCUCCAAGACGUACACCGUGGCGCUGCUCGUGCCCAACCCGCGCCACCUGGCCGAGCUGGCGGCGCGCGCCGGCCUGCCCGCGCUGCCCUUCGAGCGCCUGUGCCGCGAGCCCGCCGCCGAGCAGGCCGUGCUGCGCGAGCUGGCCGAGCACGCGCGCAAGUGUGGACUUGAAAAGUUCGAAGUGCCGGCGGCGGUGAAGCUGUGCACGGAGGUGUGGUCGCCAGACAUGGGGCUGGUGACGGCCGCCUUCAAGAUCAAGCGGAAAGACAUUCAGGAGCGCUACAAGGAGGACAUCAAGCGCAUGUACGCCUCGUGAGCCGAGCGCCGCUAGGGCUGCCGCGCUACCGAGAGAUGACAGAAAUAUACGCAUACGAUAAAUAACGUUUUAAAUGAAAUUUUACUCGGAAGUAUUCAGUAACUUCCAUUUCACCAAAUGCGGAUCCUCAAAAGGUUCGUCCAAUGU